AUGGCUUCCCGGCAAGUAUUGCUCUUGGCUGCUGCCGCCAUCACCGUCGCCUUUCUCUCCGUGCCUGCCUCCGCCGUGGUAUACAUGGUCGGCGACGAAGCAGGCUGGACCCUCGACUACCCUGCAACUUGGACCGACGGCAAAACUUUCAGAGUUGGCGACACCCUCAUGUUCAUGUACCCUGUUGGUAGUCACACGGUACUGGAGGUGCGCGCCGACGACUACAAGGCAUGCAAUGUAGGCCACCCAAUCAACUCAUGGAGCUCUGGUAGUGAUUCCGUCAUGCUUGACAAGGCGGGAAGUAGGUGGUUCGUUUGCAGCUUGCCCGACCAUUGCGGUCUAGGCAUGCAACUCACCAUCAACGUUGUCGGCUGA